AUGGUCGUCUCCCCCCGCAGCGUCGAGCCCGCCUUCGGCGCGGCCUCGUCCAUGAGCGGAACUAGCCUCAGGUCGAAGGUGGCCAGGAUCGGGCCCACCGCCCCGGGAUCGACGGUGUUUUCCACGUCCACGAUCUUGAAGAACCCAGGCCCAGGCGAGUACCAGGUCGCGUCGGACUGGGACCGCAGGGGGCCGAAGCAGCUUGUGGGCACCCUUAGGCCUGUGGCGGAGGUGGCCUCGCGCGCGCCAUCGAUGCCGCCCGUCCGGCUGCUCCCGGGACAGCGGCCGCCAGGGCGGGAGGACAUCGCCGACGUCAGCCUUGCCCAGGCCCGCUACAGGGGCGACCUGGCAGAUAUGGCAGGGCCCGGGGACUACGACCUCCCCGCCAUGGUCGCCUUCGACCAGAUCGACCGCCUGGGGCCCCGCAUCGGCGGCGGCGCGGCGAGGGCGCAGCAGCCGUGGGAGUCACCGGGGGCGCGGUCCUCGGACUUCGAGGCCCCGGGGCCCGGCUCGUACGAGACCGGGCUGAGGCGGAACGCCAGGAUGUUGCAGCCCGACGCGAAUUUCUCAUCGGGCACGGUCCUGGCGCACCAGAAGGAGGUCGCUGUGGACAGAAUCGGUCCCGGACCUGGCCAGUACAGCCCGCAGGGGGAAUUGGAGAAGAGCUUGAAGCAGGCCCAGGCGCGGGGUGCGAAUGCGGACAACCGCUUCAGCUCCACGUCCGCGCGGGUCGGCUGGAACCGGGACGUCAGCCAGCCGUACAAGGACCCCUGGAACGCCUCCCACGUGCCGGGGCCUGGCAGCUAUGGGGAGCCCAAGGCGAGCGCCAUCGCCUCGCCCAGGAAGAGCGACUGGGACAAGGAGAAGCUCACGAACGGCGGCAAGAAGAAGGUGCACGGUGUGCACCACCCGGCCGCCUUGCAGUACCUGGCAGAGCAGCAGGAGGCGCCCAGGCACGGGUUCCAUGCCACCGACGACAGGCCCUGCAUGAAGCCCAGCGCGCAUUCCCCACCAUCGCCCGCCCAGUACGAGAUUGAUCGGGCGCGAGGCACUUCCAUGGUGUCGAUGCUGCGGGAGAAGGGCAAGGUCGGUCGCAAGGGCGUGUUCGGCACUUGCCAGGACCGGUUCAAGGGCAGCGCCCUGUCCCCGCACGUGGAGACCGCAGCCGUGGCCUGGGCCACUCCACGCUCGUCCAUCGAGGAGGCCGUCGAGACCAAGUCGUCCAUGCGGUCGACGGUCAAGCGCUUCGAGACGCCUGCUGGGCCCCGGGAGGCGCACGUCAAGCGCCUCGGCGUCACGGACACGCCGGCCCCGGGCGCCUACAACACGACGGAGCCCACUUACCGCUCGCCCUUCCGGCAGCCGAAGCAGGACCACAUCUCGUUUGGCUCCAGCGACCAGCGCUUCUCCGCGGCUAACUUCGGGCAGAUGCCCAAGGUUAGUGCGGAUCCUGGGCAGUACGAGCCCAACUACGAUUCCGUCAAGUCUCGUGUGAAGGGCGGCGGCCGGCAUGCGUCCUCGCGACGGGCACCCACAGUGGGCAGCACGACGGAGUCGGUUGGGCCUGGCAGCUAUGGUGAUUCAACCGGCGAGACCAGCAGUUUGAUCAAGAAGUCGCACAACGUGACUCGCGAGGGGACCAACCCGAUGCCCAAGAGCGCACGCGCUUCCACAGGAACGCGGCGGUAG